AUGUUUCACGCACUUGUCGAACAAUCAAGUUCCGUACCGCAGGUGACUGUUCGAGUGGCAACUAGUGGAAUCGACCUCGAUGAACAGACUGCCAGGAUUUUGGGUUAUUGCGUAGCACUGGCGUCUGGUAUCCUGCUCUAUAAGUAUGAUUUAGUUAUCGUGGGAAAUGUUUCCGCUAUGCCGGGGUUUCAACGCGAUUUCGGCCACCGAUUGAACGGAGCACUCAUCAUCCCGUCCUUAUGGCUGAGCCUAUGGGACGUAGCUAGCCCCCUUGGCGGUCUGUUUGGCGCUAUAACCGCAGGACAGCUACAAGAUGGUGCCGGACGUCGCUUUUGCUUAGCCUUCGCGGCUGUACUGUCAGCAGCUGCAGUUGCAGUCGCGUACAUGUCGAACGUUCCGGAUGAUAUAGAUGCCCGCCGAGCAAUCUUUCUGGUCGCAAAGCUUGUGCAGGGUCUCGCUGUUCAUAUGAUCACAUGCACAACCCAAACAUGUAUAUCUGAGAUCCUGCCUCCCGUGCUGCGAGGCCCCAUGCUGGCCUUCUUUCCGAUCUUCAUCCUCCUAGGUCAAUUGAUGGCCCGACGUAUCGAGUCGCAAAACUAUUUCGAGCAACUACGGGCAUUCAUUGAAAAAGAGGAUCGAGACGCGGCAAGCAAGGCGAUUGGGUACCGUGACUGCUUCAGAGGCGUCGACCGGCGGCGUACCAUAAUCGUCAUGUUUGCGAACCUCAUCCCUUCGUUUUUCGGUCUACCCUUAUUAUCUAAGACCCGCUAUUUUCUGCAGUUAGUCGGCAUGGAGCACCACAGAAGCUUUCUGUUUCUACAAGCUGGCAUUGGAUUGGGGCUGGCAGCUAACCUCAUCAGCAUGCAGACCUUGUCCAGAUUUGGACGUGUGCCUCUGAUUAUUGUCAGCCUAAGCGUCUCGACCCUCGCUUGGAUGUGCCAAUGGUCGUUCAGGUACACGGGAAUCACACUAGUCACGGUAAUCGCGGCCUGCGGUAUUGGUGCAUGGCCAGCAUCCUACGCUAUCGGUGGAGAGGCAUCGUCUCUGCAGCUUCCGGCCAAGUCCCCAGGUUUGGGCUGGUUCGUUUCCGGACUCACCAGCGUCGGUUUCAACCUCAUUUUACCGUACAUCUUCAACCCUGAUAGGGGGACCCUACGCGGUAAGACCGGUUUCGUAUGUGCGGGCUUCUCGGCCAUUGCCCUCGUGGGUGCAUGGCUUUACGUGCCAGAGAUGAAAGAUCGGACGCCCAGCGAGAUUGACGAUAUGUUUGAAGCAGUCGUACCUGCACGGCAGUUCAGAAAGUGGUCCCCACUGAUUGCUGAUCCACUUUCUUCGGAUCGUUCCCCACAAGCAUGA